AUGGAUAUGGCCACGGGGUCUUCUUCCCGGCCUAUUCUUCCCCACACAAGGACACUUGAAUCCACGAGCGAUGAGGACUUGGCAUCUUUCUUACCUGCGCUGUUUGCUACUAGUAAAGCGCGAGUGCUCGCCGAAAUGGCCCGGGAAUCUCCUCGUGCCUCUGGUUCGACAGAAAAUGCAAGUGGCCUUGAUGCCACUGCCGUGAUCGUCGAUACUGGGGGGUCGAAUAACAAUAUCUGCGCACUCGGCGCAAAAAUCGACGAUGUAUUGAACGAUCCGGAUUUCCAGAACCAGAUGGUGCAAUCCUUCCGACGUCAAAUGCGUUUGCAGGAGUUGCAAGUGCAAGAGGCAGAUGCGGACACCAGGACCGAGUGGCACAUCUCAUCGUUCAAGGAUGGUUUACCUCGUGAGCGAACUCCUGGCCAAUCUGAGAGUCCUCUUCCGCGGGGAGUCUUUGACGGCACUAAGGAGGGUGACGCAGGAACUGGGGGCGCAAUAGCCGGCACAAGGUCCGAUAUAGAUAUGGACCCAAACUCGCAACCCGCACACGAAAUGCCAACUGCGGUCCAACAGCAGCCUAGAAGUCCUGCCCAAGCUCUCAGGGCUUUCCUUACUGGUUCUCUGCCCCAGCACGAUAUCGUCCCUGUCAAGCAUGUACCAGAUGAUCCGCCCUUUGGUCCCAUCUGCGUGCCAGAAUGGGACGGCUUCAAAGACUGGUGGGUGCAUGUGGACAUCAACAACCCUCCAGCCACGCUUGCGGACUACUACAAAGCACUCGCGGAGACUGAAGCACAGGCGUUAGCUGUAUUCGGUGAUCCCUUAGAGUUGUAUAAGCGAACUCUCGAAGCACAUCCACCAGGCUAUGAAGUCUACAAUCUUCACAAGGCAGUCGAAUCUCUAUCUAUUCCUGGUCCCGCUUUACUACCUCCAAGUCAGCAUUUCCCUGCAAUAAUCGGCAUGCCUCCGCCUCCGCCAGACGAUCCGACCGAAGUACUCGGGCAGGAUCCUUGGAGCAUGGUAGAGAUACUGCUUCUCCUGGAUGUAAUUGCUCAUUACUCCCCCGCUGAGGCUGGCUGGGAGAAAAUCUCGCAGGUCUACAACAAUGUGCUCUUAGGAACUUUGCGCAAGUGGAUCGCGGAUCGGAUGCGGGACUCAAAGAAGGACAUGGAUACUCGCCGUAGUCUGGCACAGCACAUGUGUGUGGACAGAGCCAAGGAGAAGUACGCCCUGAUGCAUGGACGCGCAGUGAAGCCGCAAGUGGAAUCCAAAGAUCCGCGCGCACCGCUGCAGAACAAACAGCACUAUGCAUUGCCCACGCGGCUGCUUGCGUGCGAUUUGCCCUCAAGACGAGAUUCAGAACGCAGUCUGCGGGGCCUUGAUGUCUCAGAUCCCAUUGCAUUGGUCCAGAUUGACUCGAGGAGGCGCGCGCCCUAUACCUUUGAAGGCUGGGUGGAGCAGGAAGCAGAAACUAUGCCCCCUCCUUCGGAAUCAUUUGUCUUCGGACCUGUCGAUUCUGCGGCUUCAGCUGCCAUCCCGUCUCCCCUAAUGCCGCCUGAAGCACCACCUUCUCAAUUAAUAGAGCAACCCGAUAAACCUGUCGAGGUACUUCCAGAGCCUCGUCCGGAGUAUCGCAUCCGGCCCCCUCCGCUCUCCAUGCCGGUUGCGCAAGCGUCCCUUCUUACGAGUACACUCGCUGCAUUUCGAGUCGCGAAGAAAGCGCAGCUCACGGAGCCUGACCAAUAUGAAAGACUAGUUGAUGACGCCUUGCGCCAAGCCACCGACCUGUAUGCCGAGCUAAAUCCUGCAUAUCCGAUCCGCACAGCCUGGGAGUGCUGGCAUCGUUGGUGUGUGCCUCUUGGCAAAAUGGAAGUGAGUGCCGGUUCAAUCGUGAAUGCUAACAACAAGAGCAAGGGGAAUUUCAAGAAGCCCAAGAAGGGCAAGAAGACAAAGUCUGCUGUCCCAUCUAUCCACCCUGUCCUUGGCAAUUUGGUCAACUUUGCUGCUCCUGUGCCCAUUCCCGGGACUUUUCCGGACGAGCCUGGUGUGGUGCAUCAUUUCGUAAAACAUGACCCACGUCCUGGAUUGCAAACGUUUGCGGCGGCGGCCCGGGCGCACCAGCAGAAUUCGAACGGUACUUUCGAAUGGUGGUUGAGGUGUUUACGAGGGGUGUCCAGUUCACCUGGUUGUGGCCCUAUUCGUCCUGAGGGAAGGCGCAACAAGUCAAGGUAUCCGAAUGUCCCUGUAGGCACGUUAGGCUCCAACGUUCGACCAGGAAUAUUCGCGUGGUUCCAAUGCGCGCUGGUAAACCGCACGAUGUUGCGGCUGGUGACUGACGCAGGCAGAAGCAGGAGGGCGUCCACGCGAGAAGACGGGAAUUCCAGCGAGGAUGCCCCAAGCGAUGACGAUUCAAGCGAUAACAGUGAUGCGACUGAAGGUGAAAGUGAGAAGAUGUGUGGAAGAGGGUUAGACUGGUUAGGGGAGGGGGCGAAGGUACUGCCGGCCCACCUGAGAGACCUGCCUAUCCCUCCCCGCCCAAAAUAUCUUGGCCGCCAUAAUUGA